UACAGUCGACAAACGUCUUGAUGCGAAUACAUUGCAUUCAGCGUGAAAGUGAUAGUGAAUGAAUUUUAACAGAAAUAAUCAAUAGUAUAUUGGUAACAUCGUGGAUAAAAAAGUAUUAUAAAAUGUGGUGCCUCAAUAAAAUGUGUACGAGCAAAACACGUCUUGAUUGCAAAACCGUUGUAAUAACCGGAGCUAGUAGUGGUAUCGGCAAGGAAACUGCUAGAGAUUUAUACGCCAGAGGCGCUAGAGUAAUUCUGGCGUGUAGGAAUAUGGAAAAGACAAAUGAAGCAAUUGAAGAUAUAAAAAAUAAUCCACCUUCGCAUAUCAACAAAGAUAAAUAUAAAAAUAACGCAGGCGAACUUGCUAUUUAUCCUCUGGAUCUACGUAGCUUAAAGAGCGUGAGAAAUUGCGCUAAAAAUUUGUUAACGAACGAAGCACAUAUUCACAUACUCAUAAAUAAUGCUGGUGUGGCUGCGUAUCCAAAUGAGAAGACGGAAGAUGGAUUUCAAACGACAUUGCAAGUCAACCAUCUUGGUCAUUUUCUUUUAACACUUCUGUUGUUGCCAAAAAUGCAACUGUCUUCUCCCAAUUGUAGAAUAAUCAAUGUCUCAUCACUUACUUAUAUUUUUGCUGACAUAGACUUCGAUGAUAUCAAUUUAGAGAGAUCUUAUGCACCAUGUAAAAGUUACAUGCAAACCAAAUUAGCCAACAUUUUAUUCACCAAGGAACUCGCUCGUCGAUUGAAAGCGUCAAACAUCCACGGAAUAAACGUGUACUCUUUACAUCCUGGUAUUGUACCAAGUGAGAUAUCACAGUAUUCGAGUAAUACAAUAUUUCCGGGUGCAACUUCUUGUUACAAUGCAUUUGCGUACUUGUUUUAUAAAAAUGCUGAACAAGGAGCGCAAACAACAAUAUAUUGUUGUGUAGAUGAAGAAACAGCCAAUACGACGGGACUUUAUUACUCAAAUUGCGGUGUUGCCACUCUAUAUCGAAAUGCAAACAAUGAUCAAUAUCCUGAAAAACUAUGGAAUGUAUCCUGUCAACUUUUGCAUCUGGAACCAGAAGAAGAUUUUACUACAUUUUUGAAAAAUGUUUCACGUCAAAUGCUUUAA